CCGCCGGUCUGGUCCGAUCCCUGCUCCGCCCGCCCCGCAGUGAGCCGGCCCUUGCGAGGCGAGGCGAGGCGAGGCCUUCCCAGUAGCCCCGCCCUUCACAGUCCGCUCCCGGAAGUCCCGACCUCUGCGCUCUCCUUUUCCGGAAGUCCUAUCCGCUGAGCACUACUCUUCCGGAAGUCCCGCCCUCUUAAUUCCUCCCCCCGGAAGUCUCGUCCUCCGAGCACGGCCCUCCCGGAAGUUCCUCUCCGGAUGUCCCGCCCACAGCAGCAUGGCGGCCGUGGAGACUCGGGUGUGUGAGACUGCGGGCUGCAGCCGCGAGGCCAAGCUGCAGUGCCCGACGUGCAUCAAGCUGGGCAUCCAGGGCUCCUACUUCUGCUCGCAGGAAUGUUUCAAAGGAAGUUGGGCUACUCACAAGUUGCUGCAUAAGAAAGCAAAUGACAAGGCCAAGCAGGAUGUGCCCUCCUGGACCGUGGAAGGUGACGUGAACACCGACCCCUGGGCCGGGUACCGCUACACAGGCAAGCUCCGGCCCCACUAUCCACUGAUGCCCACGAGGCCUGUACCCAGCUACAUUCAGAGGCCUGACUACGCAGACCAUCCUCUAGGCAUGUCUGAAUCUGAGCAGGCGCUCAAAGGGACUUCCCAGAUCAAGCUGCUCUCCUCUGACGACAUAGAAGGGAUGAGGCUCGUGUGUCGGCUGGCCAGAGAAGUCCUGGACAUCGCCGCUGGGAUGGUCAAGCCCGGAGUGACCACUGAGGAGAUCGACCACACAGUGCACUUGGCAUGCAUUGCAAGAAACUGCUACCCUUCUCCCCUGAAUUAUUAUAAUUUCCCAAAGUCGUGCUGCACUUCCGUGAAUGAGGUCAUCUGCCACGGGAUUCCAGACCGGAGGCCCCUGCAGGAUGGGGACAUAGUGAAUGUGGACAUCACCCUCUACCGCAACGGUUACCAUGGAGACCUGAACGAGACCUUCUUCGUGGGAGACGUGGAUGAGGGGGCACGGAGGCUGGUGCAGACCACGUACGAGUGCCUGAUGCAGGCCGUUGACGCAGUGAAGCCCGGCGUCCGAUACAGGGAGCUGGGCACCAUCAUUCAGAAGCACGCACAGGCCAGUGGCUUCUCUGUCGUCCGGAGCUACUGUGGGCACGGCAUCCACAAGCUCUUCCACACGGCGCCCAACGUGCCUCACUACGCCAAAAACAAAGCUGUUGGUGUGAUGAAGGCAGGCCACGUGUUCACCAUCGAGCCCAUGAUCUGUGAAGGUGGGUGGCAGGAUGAGACCUGGCCAGACGGCUGGACGGCAGUGACCAGGGACGGCAAGCGGUCGGCGCAGUUUGAGCACACGCUGCUGGUCACGGACACCGGCUGUGAGGUCUUGACGCGGCGGCCGGACGGCGGGCGGCCCCACUUCAUGGCGCAACUCUGAGCCCGCGCCCUCCUGCAGUCGAGAGCAGGUGUGAGUGCCCAACGGGGACGCCUUGCCUUGCCCCGCGGCUUCCACAAGUGGCCUUGUGUGCACAGCCGAGAGCCGGGCAUGCCCGCCUGCGCCCUGUGCCCGCCCGGCACCCUCUGGCCCCACCUGCUUCCUGCUGCUUCUCCCGCGGCAGCUGGAGCCAUGCGUCUCUGGGACUUGGGCAGUGGCUGCCGCCAGCUUUACCUUCACAGGUCUCAGCCGUGUGCUCUGGGGCCCUCCUGGAGACGCACCUGGGACGGUCAGAGCGCACCGUGGCCACUUAUGGUUGGUUUUGCCAUAAGUGGCCCGUGGCCCUGCCCCUCGCCGACGCCACCCUGCUCCCUUUCCCCGAGAGGCGCCUGCCCCCACAGGUGUCGGUGGGCGAGACGGCACGUCCUCAGCAGAAACGCCACUAGCCUUCCGGGUGCCGCAGGCCAGUGAGACCCCCAAGCCACCCCGGGACGGGGCGGGAGCCUGCAGGGUGCGACCCUGGACCCUCCUGGGUCUUCCCAGCUUGGACGCCCAAGGCAGCAGAGGCUCUGGUGUGAGGCCGCAGGUUCAGCACACCUGCUCCAAGGCACAGGGCACAUCCACACCUUGCUGACCACGGGGAGCUGCUGACGUGCUGCCUGCCGCCCCGGGUCUGUGAGGCACCCAGAGCAGGUAGCAGACCUCGUCCCCAGUGCUAGGCAAGCUCUAGUGCCUCUGACCUUCACUGCUUUAAAGAACUGGGGUGUUUUCUAAUCUAGUGACGCGCUGGGUCUAGCGUAGCGUUUGGGUGCGAGUGGUAUUUUUCCUUGGGCUGUUGUGUCGGGGCUCGAGGGUGUCAGAGGUCUGGCCGGCCGGCCACGGGGCCUCUGCUGCGUUUGUCUGGGCUUUCAGGGUGGUGGCUGAUCUCAUAACCUGAAAUAAACUCUGGUCAGUUGA